AAAAACACUUUGAUUUCACUUUUUCACUUUAUUAUUUUAUAUUUUAUGAACUACAAGUUCCAAAAGUGUUUGUCACACUCCUAGUAUUGUAUUGAUACAUAUUGUAUCUCCACUUAAAACCUCAUUAAGAUGAAAAUAUGCUAUUUGCAUAUUCUAGCAAUGUUUAAACCGGUCUUAAGAUUUUGAUCAGAUCAGUAUAAGUCCACUGUUUGUGUUUGUUACGUAAUUGUUGACCUUUACUGUGGUAUUGAACUGUCUUCUCCAUAUUGAAGUUCUUUAUCUCCACUAAUAUGAGCGUAAAGGUGAGAAACACGUAGUUCUUCCGGUGUGCAGUAUGGGAGUGUGUCCACCAGGGGGCAGCAUUCAUCUUCAGGCCGCUGUGCGCAUUGAAAAGAAGUUCUUGAAAGCUCCUAAAAUUCGUCGCGGCACACAAAUAUGUCACAGUUCGACUCCGUUCCGUGAGCUUGCACCCUUUUCUUCAAGUUAGACCACUCGUCGUGUCCGCCCCGCAAGUGUGGAGUUGAGACUCGAGGUGUACACCAGGACGAGAAGGUGUGGAUAUAAAGACAGAGGGACGCCACUUGUGGUUUUUAAGCGGUUCUUCUCCCGGUCGUCAUGUCUCGACGCUCAUCACAGCAGCUAAAGUGCGAGCCACUCGUGAAGUGAACAUGGAGGAGGCGGGGUGGCACCCAGCCCGCGGACGCGCUCGUCAGACCAGCAGCUGAUGGCCGGAGGAGCGCAGCAUGGAGACCUUCUACGACUACACGGACGAGGAGGUGACCCGGGCCGGGGUCCACCCGCCGGGGGAGGUGGGCGUGGGUCGCGCGCUGACGGGCUGCGUGCUGUGCGCGCUGAUCGUGUCCACGCUGCUGGGCAACACGCUGGUGUGCGUCGCCGUGGUGAAGUUCCGCCACCUGCGCUCCAAAGUCACCAACUCGUUCGUCAUCUCGCUGGCCGUGUCCGACCUGUUCGUGGCCGUGCUCGUCAUGCCGUGGCGCGCCGUCUCCGAAGUGGCGGGAGUGUGGCUGUUCGGGCGCUUCUGCGACACGUGGGUGGCCUUCGACAUCAUGUGCUCCACGGCGUCCAUCCUCAACCUGUGCAUCAUCAGCAUGGACCGCUACUGGGCCAUCUCCAGCCCCUUCCGCUACGAGCGCAAGAUGACGCGCCGCUUCGCCUUCGUCAUGAUCGGCGUGGCGUGGACCCUCUCCAUCCUCAUCUCCUUCAUCCCCGUGCAGCUCAACUGGCACCGCGCGCGCGCCGAGCCCUCCAACUCCACGGAGGACUGCAACGCCAGCCUGAACAGAACCUACGCCAUCUCGUCGUCUCUCAUCAGCUUCUACAUCCCCGUGCUCAUCAUGGUGGGCACGUACACGCGCAUCUUCCGCAUCGCGCAGACACAGAUCCGGCGCAUUUCCUCGCUGGAGCGCGCGGCGGGUCCACGCGCGCCCAAGCAGCGUCCGCAUCACCGCGCGUCCACGCAGGACGACAACUCGCUGAAAAGUUCCUUCAAGAGGGAGACCAAAGUUUUGAAGACGCUCUCCAUCAUCAUGGGGGUCUUCGUCUUCUGCUGGCUGCCCUUCUUCGUGCUCAACUGCGUGGUUCCGUUCUGCGAGGCCGACGCACCCGACGCGGCGCCGUGCGUCAGCGACACCACCUUCAGCAUCUUUGUGUGGUUUGGCUGGGCCAACUCGUCCCUCAACCCGGUCAUCUACGCCUUCAACGCCGACUUCCGCAAGGCCUUCUCCACCAUCCUGGGCUGCAACAGGUUCUGCUCCAGCUCGGCCGUGGAGGCGGUGGACUUCAGCAACGAGCUGGUGUCCUACCACCACGACACCACCAUGCACAAGGAGGCCUGCGCCGAGCAGAGGCACGACCCCGAGCGCAACUUUGACAAGGUCUCCGUGGUGUCGGGCGACUCCUGCGGCCGCGCCAACCCGCUCCUUCCCGCCAUCCUGCAGUGCGAGUGCGAGGCGGAGAUUUCGUUGGACAUGAUGCCCUUCAGCGACUCCUACGUCAUCCCGGGUCAGGUCCACAACCUCUGA